AUGUUCGAGAAGGUCGGUCGUACACAUCUAAGCACAAGUGCCGAAUGGGAAGGCAAGACGAAACGCAUGACAUCCCGCACUGUGUUCCACAAUGCAGAUCCUCCAAGAAUGGAUCAUGGAUUUCUCUAUGCUUACUGA